AUGCUGCUCGCGUUACUUGCUUGGGAACCAGUAAAUGACCGGAUGGCCUACGUGCGACUGAAGGGUCACUUCACGAACAUCUCCAUCGUCGCUGUGUACGCACCAAAUUCGGCUGCAGAACAGCGCGAUAAAGAGGCGUUUUACUCUCAGUUGCAAGCGUUAGUUGAAAGACUGCCUUGCCGCGAUCUGUUGAUUGUUGCUGGCAAUUGGAAUGGUCUAACUGGACCUGGCGACCCCACAACCAGUCAUCUUCUUGGCCGCUUUGGGCUUGGCUCCCGAUGCGAAAAUGAUGAUAGAUUGCUGAACUUCGCUGAUCGAAACCGACUGCUUGUCACCAACACAUGCUUCCAGCAUCGCAAAAAACAUCUGCUGACCUGGUAUUCAAACGACUGUCGUACGGCCAGUCAGAUUGACUACAUACUAGUCAGCUCAAGGUUCCGCAGCCGGGUUCACGAUAGCAGAUCAAUGCGUGUUGCCGAGACUGGUAACGACCAUGGGUCGGACCAUGUCCUCGUCCGUACACGCUUGAAAGUUCAUCUCUCAUCCGCGCCAAAAUUGCCACGAUCUAGACGCCGCAAUGUCGCAAAAAUCCGGCAAGCCAACACUGCCGUGGCCCUAAGCAGAGAAAUCCGGACCUGUUUUACGGCCCGAGUCGACGGAGAAGUCAGUAACCAGUGGUCGUCACUGAAGACAUCAGUCUAUGGGGCAGCUGAGAAAAUCCUUGGAUACACCCAGCGACGCCGCAGUGACUGGAUCAGCGGAAGAACCCUGCAGUUGUCUGCUCAGACGGCUAGAGCUAGGUCCUGCAACGAUGAUUACUUCCGCCAACUUCGGAAGAUGACGGCAAAAUCGGCCAGGGAUGACCGGAAGCAAUAUUGGGCAAAAAUAGCGACCUCCAUGGAACGGGCCUCGAACGUUCGUGACACUCGAAAGCUCUACCGUCUGAUCCGCCAAGUUAGCGGUAAACCCUCUACACUGAGUGACUCUAUUCGCGAUGUGAACGGCGGCAUUAUUGCUGACAACUCGGCCAAAGUCGAGCGCUGGCGUGAGCACUUUGAGCACCAUCUCAGUUUCGAUGCUCAACGUACCUCGCCCUUGCUCUCCUUUUCAGCGGAGUUUCUUCCCUCUCCUACCUAUGCAGUGCCAUGCGAUCCCCCCUCCGAGGGAGAAGUCGCCGAUGCCAUACGAAAGUUGCGCAACAAUAAGGCACCCGGAGAGGACGGUAUACCCGCUGAAGUCUUCAAGUCUUGUGUCGACACUCUGGCGCCCUGGCUCCAUGAGGUGAUUGAACGAGCGUGGAGAGACGAGGUUGUUCCUGAUGACUGGGGCUUAGGCAUCCUUGUACCUACCCUCAAGAAGGGAGAUAAGAUGCGAGAACUACCGCGGCAUAAGUCUCAUCGACGUUGCUGCGAAGAUCUUCGCUAUUGUCCUACUCAGACGAUUCCAGGCUGUGCGUGA